UCACAGGAAGCGGAAGUCUCAUUUACUUCCUCGCGGAAAGGAGGCGGCGGCGGCGGCGGCGAUGUGGGCGCGUUGUUGAAUCUUUGAAGUCUGUGCGUGGCGGGUUCCCGAGUCCCGCCUCGGCCGCGUGAUGGGGGACGACAUGGACGUGAUGCCCGAGCGGGAGAUGAAGGAUUUUCAGUUCAGAGCUCUGAAGAAAGUCCGGAUUUUUGAAACCCCCGAUGAGCUCCCCAAAGAGCGUUCCAGUCUCCUUGUCGUGUCCAACAAGUAUGGAUUAGUCUUUGCUGGCUGUGCAGCUGGACUGCAGAUCUUUCAGACGAAAAACCUUCUAAUGCAGAUUCAAGCGGGGGAUUCUCCAUAUAAAAUAGUUGAAAACGUCCAGAGCCUCUUUGUCCCCACGAAGUUUCGAGUGCAUCACCUGGCGCUCAGUUGUGAUAACCUCACGCUCUCUGUCUGCAUGGCUUCCAGCGAAGUUGGGUCCUUCAUUGGCUUUUUUGAUGUCCGUACCUUUGUCAAUCAGGCGAAACAGCAGAAACGCCCAUUUGCAUAUCAGAAGAUGGCUGCGGCACUGGUCAGCGAUCUGAAGUGGAAUCCUGUGAAUGCCUCCAUGUUGGCGGUGUGUUUGUCGGACGGCAGCGUCUCUGUCCUGCAGGUCACAGAUGCCGUGAAAGUGUAUGCCACACUUCCUGCCUCAGUGGCUGUGACAUCAGUGUGCUGGAGCCCCAAAGGAAAGCAGCUGGCUGUGGGCAAACAGAAUGGCACCGUAGUCCAGUAUCUGCCUAAUCUUCAAGAGAAGAAAAUAAUUCCAUGCCCUCCAUUCUAUGACUCUGAUAAUCCCGUUAAGGUGCUGGAUGUGUUGUGGGUUGGGACUUACGUCUUCACUAUCGUCUAUGCUGCUGCAGAUGGGACUUUGGAGACAGCCCCAGAAGUGGUGAUGGCUGUGCUUCCUAAAAAGGAAGAAAAACGACCAGAGAUUUUUGUGAAUUUCAUGGAACCCUGUUAUGGUAGCUGCACAGACCGGCAGCAUCACUACUUCCUUAACUAUGUGGAGGAGUGGGACCUGGUCCUGGCAGCUUCUGCUGCCUCUACAGAAGUCAGCAUCCUGGCAAGGCAAGGCGAUCAGAACAACUGGGAACUGUGGGUCCUUGAAGACUCGAGCAGAGCGGAGCUUCCUGUCACCGACAAAAGCGAUGACACCCUGCCAGUGGGUGUGGCCAUUGAUUGCACCAGUAAUGUGCCCAUAACCAUUAGUGAGGAGAAGACUCUGGACCCAGCCCCAGUGCUGCUUCUGCUUUCUACAGAUGGAGUCUUGUGUCCCUUUUAUAUGGUCAACCAAAACCCUGGCGUCCGAUCUCUUCUCGUGACACCUGAGCUUCUGUCAGUGGACGGGGAGAGAGUAGUCAAAUCCGCUGGAAGUGCCCCUUCUUCAUCAGCAUCUCCCUCUGCUCCUGCCAAGGUUGAAGCUGCCCCGGCGGUUGUUGUUGUGGCCCCAGCUGUGUCUUCAGUUCCCAGCCCUGGAACAGCCCCUUUCUCUUUUGCACCCUCCCCUUCAAAAGCCGCUGGACCGACCAGCGAUUCCUCCCUGCCAUAUGCCUUCCCAUCGGACUCUCUGAAGCCUCUCCCCAGUUCCAGCCUGAGCGGAGUGGCAGGCUUCUCCUUGCCUCCCGCCGCCUCCAAAGCUCCUCCAACCCCAGCUCCCUUGGCGGUUCCUGCGCCGCCUGCUGCCGCUGCUGCAGCCUCCUCUUUCUCUUUCGGGAGUUUCAAAGCCAGUCCCGAUGGCCCGGCUGGCCUUCCGCUCUCCGCAGCCCCCGCUGGGCUGAAGCAAAGCUUUACCCCAUCCGCUUCCUCCGUCAAAAUGAACCUCAGUGAAAAGUUCACUGCUGUGGAGUCUUCUGUGCCUGCUGCUAGCAGUGGUCACGGUUCCGCCGUCUUCUCCUUUGCAUCCACUGUGAAGCCUGCUCCCGUGGCGCCCGCUCCGAUCUCUGCUUCUCCCGUCGCGCCGAUAAAGGCUUCGACCCCAGUGUCCUCAGCAAUGGUGCGCCCUGCUCAGAGUGCUCCCCCGGCUUCUGUGCUCCAGAAGACAGCCAAAAUUUCGCUGCCUGUGUCAAAAGCAAGCUCUUCCCAGGGCCGGGCACCAAUGCCCAGUGCUGGAAUGGAGAAGCAACUUCAUCAGUGGAAGGAUUCGGAUCCUGUCAUCGCAGGAAUAAGGGAGGAGAUUGCCCAUUUCCAGAAGGAGAUGGAAGAGCUGAAAGGCAGGACAGCCAAGGAUUCCUUCCAAGUGGGCACUGAUGAGGAGAAGAAGAUGUUGAAGAUGGAGUCAAAUGAUCUUCACACCUUCCUCUUGGAGAUCAAAGAGACAACCGAGUCCCUUCAUGGAGACAUCAGCCUUCUGAAGACAAACCUGCUGGAAGGAUUUGCUGGGCUGGAAGACGCAAGAGAGAAGGACGAGCGAGCACACAACUCUGAGUACUUGCAUCUGCUCUAUAAGAAGCCUUUAGACCCCAAGAGCCAAGCUCAGCUGCAGGAAAUUCGCCGCUUACACCAGUACGUGAAAUUUGCUGUUCAGGAUGUGAACGACGUUCUGGAUUUGGAAUGGGACAGGCAUCUAGAACAGCAAAAGAAGCAAAAACGCUUAAUGGUGCCUGAGCGUGAGACUCUGUUCAACACCCUCACGAAUAAUCGAGAGAUCAUCAAUCAGCAGAGGAAGCGCCUGAAAAACUUGGUGGACAGCUUGCAGCAGCUUCACCUGUACAACCGGACGUCUCAGUGGAGCCUGUCCAGUGACUCCUCUUCCCACAGCAGUGUCCAAAAUCUUGACAGCGAGCUGGAGAGCCUGAGCAAUGCCUUGACGAAAACAACUCUGGAGUCUUGCCCCAAGGCCAUGCCCAAAGCAGCUGCUAAAUUGUCCCCUGUGAAGCAGGCUCAACUCAGGAAUUACCUGUCUAAGAGGAAGGUGCUGCCAAGGUCCACUGCUCCAGCCAGCCUCUCCCAGUCGGCCUUCUUGUCCUUGAGAUACGAUGAAGACCUGGACGAGGUCAGCUCUGUGUCUUCAGCUGCCCAGUCCCUGGAGAAUGAGAAUAUUCAAGUUGCAGACCAAGAGGAGGAGGAAGAGGAGAUGGCCACGAUCCACGUGCCCCGCCAUGCCCCUGUCGUCCGGACCCCCUCUGUUCAGCCUGGUCUGAUGCCGCAACCAAUACCUGUUGGCAAACCCCACAUCCCAAUGGGCACUUUAAUAUCUACACCCAAAAUCCUCCCUCAAGGGGCAGACAGCACAAUGCUGGCCACGAAGACUGUGAAACAUGGUGCCCCUGCUCCCUCCAUCACCAUCCCAGCCCCGCAGGCGGCAGCAGAAGCUGCUCUGAGGAGACAGAUGGCAAACCAGAAUCCAGUGGUGAGCGCGUCCUUAACGGAGUCCACUUUGAAGAACGUCCCUCAAGUGGUGAACGUGAGAGAGCUGAAGAAUAAUGCCUCGCCUCCUGCCAUUUCGGCGGUCCUCGGGUCGUCGGUUCCUCACUCCGCAGCUCAAGCCGUGCACCAGGUGUUGGCGACCGUCGCCACGAAUCAAGCCGGCCAGGCUCACCUGACAAGUUCCCUUAAGAUGCAGCCUCCGCCCACGUCUGCAUCCUUACCGGGUGUGUCCGCGGCACCCAGUAGUCAAACUUUGGCUGGCAAAAAGAGCUCAGGGCAAGGCACGAUGAAGACAGCUGCAACUGUGGCCGCUUCUGCAGCAACAUCCACCCCUGUCCCUGCUGCCCAGUUCAACAAACCGUUUGCAUUUGCCUCCUCAGGACCUGGAUUUAACUUCGCUGCAGUCACCUCGUCCCCUGCCGCUUCUGACCCUGCUGCGUUACAAGUAACUGCCGCCUCUACAAAAGAGCCAAGCCAGCCUGAUGCAAUUUCCCUCGGCGGGAACAUGAAAUUUGGGGCUGCUCCGGAGAGCUCGUUCGCUUUUGGGUCUGUGAAGCCAUCCAGCCUCUCGGGGGUGUCCGUAAUGAGCAGCAGCUCUGGAGAUCCUUGCCAGGCCAACAGCCAGCCAGCCCCGGUGGCAACGUCUGUUCCUUCUACAACAUCUAGCAGAUUGGAAGAUGUGCCAUUAAAACAAGGAGAUCCUGCAUUUCAGGGCGCCGUGGCUGGAGAAACGCUUGGGAGCUUCUCUGGACUAAGAGUCGGCCAAGCUGAUGAGAACGCCAAGGUCGUCCCUGCCAAGCCGCCGUCCGCUAACGCUGCGGGCGGGCAGCCGCCCAAAGCAGCCACCGUACCUUCUGGCUUUCCUCUCGAAAGCGCUACGCAAGCCGGCAAGCCUGCAGAGGCAGCUCCCACCUCAGCGGCCGCUCCCAGUUCGGCAUCCGCGGCCAUCGGUGGCAGCACCAUCUUUGGCAGCGUCCAGUUGGUCAGCUCGGGGGCCGCCGGCAUCUUUGGCCUCGGAGCAGCUCCGUCCGGCCCCAAAGCGACUUUUGCGUUUGGAGUUCCGCAGGCCAGUGCUGUGCCGGCGCCUUCCUCUCCCGCCGGGUCCCUUCCCGCAUCGGCAUCGCUUUCGUUUGGCAGCCUGUUGAGUUCGGCGACAGCCGCGGCUUCGCCGCCGACGAGUAAAGAAGAGGCCGGCGUCCAGACCGCGCCAGCACCGGAAAUCCCAUCGCCGGCGGAUGCUCUUGUGCCUGCAAGCGCACAAGCCCAGACUCCUGAACCUCCUCCCAACCCGCCUGCUUUCCCCACCCCGUUGCCAGCAGAAGCAGAUGCGGUCCGCCUCGAUGCUGCCUCCGCGGCCGCCACCAAAGACGCCGCUCCCGCCCCUGUGUCUAGUGACGCGAAGGCUGAGAUGGCGCCCGCGGCCCCUUCCCCAGACCAGCCGGCUCCUGUGACCUCCGCUCCCGAAAAAGGGGCCUCCCAGCCUUCUGAACCAAGCGGCACGCUGCCAUCCUCGUCAGACCUGACUCCGCCCGCCCAGCCUCCAGCCACCGGCGCUUCUGCCUUCACAGCGGCCCCCUCCGGUCCCUCCGUGUUGGCCCAGCCCCCCGUUUCAAGUUCUUCUUCCAGCUUGUUGUUCAGCCCGCCCGCCACCGAUGCCGCGUUAGACCCCUCCACCGUCCCCGCCUUUGCUCAGCUUUCCGCGGCGGCGGCGUCUUCUCCGUUUGGCCCGUCCACGGCCGCCCCGGCGGCCACCUCUGCCGCGGCCACCUCUGCCGGUUUCAGCCCGUCGGCCUUUGGCACCACGACUGCGGCAGGGUUUGGCCAGCCGACCUUUGGCCAAGCUCCCGCUUUUGGCCAGCCCGCCAGUACGUCGAGCGGCUUUGCCUUCAACCAGGCCGCCUUUGGAGUCACGCCUGCCUUUGGCCAGCCUGCUGCCUCUGCCCCCCCGGCGUCCAGCAGCGGGGAUGUCUUUGGCGCGGCCAACGCCAGCAGUUCUUUCUCUUUUGGACAGCCCUCGGCUGCCGGCGGCGGCGGGCUCUUCGGGCAAAGUACCGCGCCCGCGUUUGGACAGAGUGCUGGCUUUGGACAGGGGGGCUCCGUCUUCGGCCGCCCUGCCGCGACCAUCCCGACCUCUUCGCCUGGAUUCAGCUUCUGUCAAGCUUCAGCAUUUGGUUCCAGCAGCACAGGUUCUGUGUUCGGGCAGGCAACAAACUCCAGCACUAACCUCUUCGGCCAGCAGUCCUCUUCUGGUGGGGGUCUCUUUGGCUCUGGAAGCGGUGGGAAGAGUGGCGGCUUCUUCAGCGGCCUGGGAGGAAAGCCAAGCCAGGAUGCUGCCAAUAAAAACCCUUUCAGUUCCGCCGGUGGAGGAUUUGGAUCAUCUGCCACCCCGAAUACGUCAAGCCUUUUCGGAAACAGUGGCGCCAAGAUUUUUGGAGGCGGGUUUGGCACCACCACUACCCCUUCCUCCCCUUCCCCCGCCUCCUCCUCCUCUUCUUUUGGCGAGCAGAAGCCAACGGGGACUUUCAGUUCUGGUGGAGGGAGCGUGGCAUCUCAGGGCUUUGGCUUCUCCAGCCCAACCAAAGCAGGUGGCUUCGGAGCUGCUCCAGUGUUUGGCAGCCCUCCCACUUUUGGGGGGUCCCCGGGGUUUGGAGGGGUGCCAGCAUUCGGUUCAGCCCCAGCCUUUUCAAGCCCUCUGGGUUCGACGGGAGGCAAAGUCUUCGGCGAGGGGACGGCAGCGGCCAGCGCUGGAGGAUUUGGCUUUGGCAACCCAGCCAGCACGGUCUCAUUCGGCACCCUGGCCAGCCAGAACACCCCCACCUUCGGAUCCCUCUCUCAGCAGACGCCAGGCUUUGGCACACAGGGCAGUAGCUUCUCCGGCUUCGGUUCGAAUGUUGGAGGCUUUGGCUUUGGCUCGUCUAAUGCAUCCACCUCUGGGUUUAGUGGCUGGAGAAGCUGAGGAGAUGCCAUCCCGGCUUGCCCCACGGCGGACUGACUGGAGCCCCCCCUUCAUCGGGGCAGAGAGAUCCGUUUGAGUGACGCACCCGGAUGCUUGUUUUCCUUUUUAUUUUUGAGCCUAUGUUCUCUGACUUAUCUGUGGGUUUGUUUUCUGGUUUGUUUGUUUUUUAAAAAGCACCUAAAAUACUUUUUUAAAAUGGAGUUGUUGCUCCUCUUUAAAUAAACUAUUUUCUCUGCUUCA